CAGGACAGCUGGUGCAUGCACUGUCUGUUCUUAAUAUUCUGGGAAUCAUGGGGAGUGAAAGAGAAAGAAGAUUUGACAUCAGCACUUUUCCUUAACUCAUAUUUUGUAUGGUAUUAAGCUGCUCCUCCAUUCUGUUCUUGAAAUCGUGGGCUCUAUAGGGAUCAGCGCGAUAGUUUAAUCCUGUAUACGCAUGCAUGCACGCUCAGGGAUUUCGCGCUUCCGCGUUCUUUUCCCGCGGCGCUUCUGACGUUGUAUUGGCACGCUGUGAUUGGCUGGAGUAACUGCGUCACUACGUUACACCGCGCGCACUCCAGCCCACAACCUAGAGCUCGUGCGCGGAUGAUAAGCAGGACUCAGUUAACGUAAACCGCACCGCUGGCUGUGGCUGUGGGACCGGGGAACGGUGGAAAGGACACCGAAUUACCGUGUGACUUGCCAUGACUGCUGAUGCAGACAGGGAUUCAGCGGCCAGGCAGAAUCACAUUCAUAACCAGCAGCUCCAACCGUCCCGAGAUCAUCCCGAGAUAGGUGGAGACACAAGUCGGGCCACAAAGAGAAAGUUCUAGCAGAGUGGUGAAGAGGACUACAUAUCCCAGAAGUCUUUAAGCAGCAAGCUUUCCUGGACCUUGCCGGUUAAACACCAUGCAGUGCAGGAUCACCCUGUUGGAUGGCUCUGACUACACCUGCACGGUGGAGAAGAAAGCCAAAGGCCAGGUCCUGUUUGAUAAAGUAUGUGACCACCUCAACCUUAUGGAGAAGGACUACUUUGGCCUCACGUAUCGCGACGCAGAACAUCAGAAGAACUGGAUGGACCCUGCCAAAGAACUGAAGAAACAAAUUAGAACUGGUCCCUGGAACUUUGGGUUUAAUGUGAAGUUUUAUCCACCUGACCCAUCUCAGCUGUGUGAAGAUAUCACCCGGUACUACCUGUGCCUUCAGCUGCGAGACGAUGUCGUGUCGGGUCGUUUGCCAUGCUCCUUCGCCACUCACUCUCUCCUGGGUUCAUACAUCGCCCAGUCUGAGCUGGGAGACUAUGACCCUGAAGAGCUGGGCAGCGAUUACAUCAGUGACCUCCGCUUCGCUCCAAACCAGACCAAAGAGCUGGAGGAAAAGGUCGUAGACCUGCAUCGCAACUACAAAGGAAUGACUCCAGCUGAGGCGGAGAUGCUGUUUCUGGAGAAUGCCAAGAAGCUCUCCAUGUAUGGAGUAGAUCUACAUCAUGCUAAGGAUUCGGAGGGAGUGGAGAUUAUGUUAGGUGUGUGUGGCAGCGGCCUUCUCAUCUACAGAGACCGACUGCGCAUAAAUCGAUUUGCCUGGCCCAAAAUCCUCAAGAUAUCCUACAAGCGGAACAACUUCUAUAUCAAGAUACGUCCUGGAGAGUUUGAGCAGUUUGAGAGCACCAUUGGUUUCAAACUUCCAAAUCACAAAGCAGCAAAGAGAUUGUGGAAAGUGUGCGUGGAACAUCACACGUUUUUCAGAUUGGUGGCCCCUGAACCUCCUGCCAAGAAGUUUCUGUCACUGGGCUCUAAGUUCCGCUACAGUGGGAGAACGCAGACGCAGACACGCCGUGCCAGCUCCCAGAUCUCUCGGCCUGCGCCGCAGUUUCAACGCUCCUCCAGCAAACGGCUCACCACCACUCGCAGUCUAGAUAUAGCACCAGCCAUGGCCAACAGUGACAACUUGAUGAAGGACUCUAAACCAGCCUUUGCCACAGGGACCCUCAUCACCACGGUAACACCAGAGAAAAAGGCAGAGGAAGAAAACGCAGUCGAAGAUGAAAGCAUUCCUGCUACAGAGCCAUCUGAGCCGGCCCCUCCCACUCCUGUUACCAAGUGUUCUCCUCUUGCCACUGAACACACCCUCCUUGCCUCCCCACGCUCCUCCACUAAAGUGCGGAGGAGGAAACGCAGAAGGAGUAGCUCUGAGCACGCAGCAUCAGCAAGCCCGGCAAAGGGCAAGCAGAUUUCAGACCAGAACCGGCCCAAAGGGGGAACGCUCUUCUCCUUCUCCCUGCACCUCCCAGACCUGUCUUCUCUCCUGGAUGAAGAUGGCUACCUGAGCUUCCCUGACCUGUCUGAGAUGAACUUCCUGCCUGAGAGCUUUCAACACUUCCUGCCCAUCAAGUCACCAUCUCUCGUGCCCUGCUUCCUUUUCAUCUUCUUCUUUCUGCUGUCUACCUCUUUCUCUGUACCCUACGCACUUACGCUUUCCUUCCCGCUGGCACUGUGCCUCUGCUAUCUGGAGCCCAAGACGGCAUCACUCACCACCUCGUUUACCAACAGCUUUCAAGACAGUUCAGAUGAAGAGACAGACAGCGAUCCUUCCGACGAGACAACAGCGACCGAGUCUGAGCCAGAGGAUGAAUCAGAACUGAUGACCCAGACUGCAGAUGAUGCCAACUCUGAGCCUCCUAAGGACAUUUCAGAAGAAAAACCAGAGCCUGCAGAGGCUGACUCUGCUGAGAGCUCAGGUGACCAACAGGACACUGCAGUAGUAGAGGAAGAUGAAGCAGAAGUAAUGGAUUCGGAGGAGUCGGAGGAGUCAAAGGAGUCGGAGGAGUCAAAGGAGUCGGAGGAGUCAAAGGAGUCGGAGGAGUCAAAGGAGUCGGAGGAGUCAAAGGAGUCGGAGGAGCCAGUGCAACCGAUGACCAAUGAGGUGCCUGUUGUUCAUACUGAGACCAAAACCAUCACAUACGAGUCUGCUGAGGUUGAUGCUAAUGGUGACACAGACCCUGGAGUACUGAUGAGUGCUCAGACCAUCACCUCUGAGAACAACAGCACCACAACCACCACACAAAUAACAAAGACGGUGAAGGGAGGUAUCUCAGAGACGCGGAUCGAAAAGAGGAUCGUCAUCUCUGGGGAUGCCAACAUCGAUCACGACCAGGCUCUGGCUCAGGCCAUAAAAGAGAUCAAAGAGCAGCACCCAGACAUGUCGGUCACCAAAGUAGUGGUUCAUAAAGAGAUGGAGAUCUCGGCUAGCGAAGGUGACCAGUGAUGCAGGUGACGCAGGAGUAAACACCAGUCUGACAGAGGACAGUGCCAUUUUCUCCACUCCAUGGCCCCAUGGACAUUUGGCUUUUGUGACCUUUGAUCUCAGAUCCAGACAGCUCAGUGGAUGUGCUGGGACAGUGGAGAAGCGAUGAUUCAUACAAGACACAUACCCGCUCAAAUUAGCCCUGCACUCCGACAUUACCAAAAGCUCAGCUUUUUAUUGCAAUGAUCAUUUUACUGUUAACAAUAAUCUGAGCAAUAAUCUGAGGACGCCAUGGACACAUGAAAGCUCCAAAAUGUGGGAGAAUACUCUCAAAAAAACCAUCUGUGCAACUGCCUUAAAAAAAAAAAUUUUUUUUUUUUUUUUGUAAUCAUGAAGUGUUUAAUUUAUGCACCUUCAUUUUAUUUAUAGCAGACACUUAAUCACCGUGCCAACGACAAAGCUAUAAAUCCAUACGCCAGUGUUCCAGGGAGAUAUUGAAUUAGAGCCAGGUUUGCUGACAUAGAAUAAAUUUCGUCCAAGUGUCUAAAAUGUUUUCACUGAAUUCUGACAGGCAGAUCAGAUUAACAUGAAGACUUGGAGUAAUCUGUGCAUGGAGAAAACCAGCCCACAGGCCAGGAGUUAAAGGUAUUGAGUUAAAGUGUUUAAGUCUUGUAUAUACAUUAUAUAAACUUAGUAUCUACAAUAACAUUAAUUCUCUGUAUUGCAAUGUUUGUUCAUGAAAUGGGUUUAGCAUUACAAGUCCUAAAAACUAUGCCACUAUUAAAAGGGCUGCUCUUGGUUUACUUGGAAACGCACUAAAUCUGAUCUUUCACUUUUUAUUUCACUGUUGCUUUGAGGAGGUUACAGAAUUCUACGUCCGCAAAUUUUAAACUGGGGAGUUAUAAAUGGGGGGUGGUCUUCCUGAGACUUUUUUUGAAACUUUGAUCCGAACAGUUUGUGUAUUCCAUCUUCCUUCGGUGACGUGAUAGAACCUGAAUUACCCAGAAUCCUCUUGGCCUUUUCUUCCUUCUAAACACACAACAUAGAUUAUACAGACAUACUGCACAAAAAUGCAUUUGGAUGUGAUUUAUUUUGGUUUAAUUUUUUAAUUAAAUAUUAUUGAAAUGAA